AUGUUUACCAGUUUUCCUCAAAUUUCACUCGACUUCUUUCUUGCCUCCGCACUUCCUCUCACCUAUCUUCUUAACUACCGCCUUUUCACUGCAGAAGCUAUAGCGAAGAAGCCUACACUGGAGGAUAAAAGUCCCCUUCUUAUUUUUUCUCUCAUUCAUAAAAAGAAUCUGACGUUUUCUUGUUUUGGUUUUGAUUUCCAACCCCUUUUUUUCUUUGUGUUUGCUUGGCUUUUUUCCCUUAAAAAUACUAGAAUAUUAUCGACUUUCUAUAGGAUAUCUCUCUAUAUAUAA